AUGCAGCGUUUGAUUCCAAACAAAAGCCUCUGCAUUGCACUGAAGACAGUGGAACAGGCUACAAUAGUACUGAAUGAACUGAACUGGACAGCUGCAUUAGAUGAUGUCUUCAAAAAGAACCGAGAGGAGGAUCAAACUUUACUAUGGCAAGUUUUUGGCAGCGCUACUGGCCUUGCCAGGUAUUACCCAGCAUCCCCAUGGGUGGAUAAAAGCCGGACUCAGAACAAGAUAGAUCUGUAUGACGUCCGUAGAAGACCAUGGUACAUCCAAGGAGCUGCAUCUCCCAAAGACAUGCUCAUUCUAGUUGACGCGAGUGGAAGUGUCAGUGGGCUAACACUGAAGUUGAUCCGGACGUCUGUCAUCGAAAUGCUAGAAACCUUGUCGGAUGAUGAUUUUGUGAAUGUAGUUUCAUUCAAUGAAAAUGCUCAAAAUGUCAGUUGUUUCAACCAACUUGUACAAGCAAAUGUGAGGAAUAAGAAGAAGUUGAAAGAAGCUGUUUAUAAAAUCCAAGCCAAAGGGAUCACCGAUUACAAAAAAGGCUUCAGUUAUGCCUUUGAACAGCUGCUAAAUCACAAUCACAGUGUCUUCAGAGCCAAUUGCAACAAGAUUAUAAUGUUGUUUACAGAUGGUGGUGAAGAAAAAGCACAGGAGAUCUUCCAGAAAUACAACCGUGACAAAAAGGUCCGUGUAUUUACCUUUUCUGUUGGUCAACAUAAUUAUGACAAGGGACCUAUUCAAUGGAUGGCCUGUGAAAAUAAAGGUUACUAUUAUGAAAUUCCUUCCAUUGGUGCCAUAAGAAUAAACACACAGGAAUACCUGGAUGUCUUGGGGAGACCAAUGGUCCUGGCUGGAAAACAAGCCAAACAAGUCCAGUGGACCAAUGUUUAUUUGGAUGCAUUGGGAUUUCCAGUUCAAUACUCAGCACAUGAUCAGAUGGCCACAAUUAGUUGUGGCAGCUUCUGCAUUUCUCUUGUGUACUCAUAUGAAAACAAAGGAUUUACUGUAAUCAUGAUUAAGUCCAGAUCUAACCCACUAGUAUUAUUUUCUGGCUUCUUCAUCAUUUCCUUUUCUUUUGUAUCUUUGCUUUAUUUACUGGAAUGGGACAUGGACUGCAAUGCUCCUUAUGCCACAGCAAUGCCUCCAUGCAUGCUGCCUGGGUUUGAUCCUUCUAAAACCAUUCCAUUGCAUAAUCCCAAAUCUCAGGAGCCAGUGACAUUGGAUUUUCUGGAUGCAGAGCUGGAAAAUGAUAUUAAAGUUGAGAUUCGGAAAAAAAUGAUAGAUGGAGAAAGUGGUGACAGAACAUUCACAACACUGGUGAAGUCUCAAGAUGAGCGUUAUAUUGACAAAGGGAACAGAACGUAUACAUGGACAGCUGUGAAUGGUACUGAUUAUAGUUUGGCCUUGGUACUGCCAUCCUACAGCUUUUACUAUAUUAAAGCCGCCCUCAAUGAACCACUAAUCCAGGCUAAAUUUACUGAAACCCUGAAGUUAGAUCGAUUUGAUGAAUUUGGAUAUACAUUUUUAGCACCAAGAGACUACUGUAGUCCUGUGAAAAUAACUGACAACAACACUGCAUUUCUCCUGAAUUUCAGUGAAUUUAUAGAUCGGUAUACACCCCAGAACCCUUCAUGUAAUGAUAUGGUUAUGAGAGCUUUAUUGGAUGCAGGAUUUACAAGUGAACUUGUUCAGAAUUACUGGAGUAAGCAGGACCCAGAAGGAAUUAGAGCACGAUUUGUAGCUACUGAUGGAGGAAUCACCAGAGUGUAUCCUAAAAGUGCAGGCGAAUAUUGGACAGAAAAUGCUGAAACAUAUGAAAUGAGUUUCUAUAAGAGGAGCUUAGAUAAUGAAAACUAUGUCUUCACUGCUCCCUUCUACAACAGAAGCAUCUCUGAAGACGGUGUUAUGGUAAGCAAGGCAGUGAAAAUAACAGUCAAUGGAAAACUACUGAAACCUGCAGUUGUUGGAGUAAAAAUCAAUGUAACCACGUGGAUGGACAAUUUUACCAAGAUCACAACAAAGAAUGAAGUUCAGUGCAAAAGUGAACUAUGUGGAUGUGAAAAAAACAGUGUGCACGUUGACUGUGUAAUUCUUGAUGAUGGUGGAUUUCUUUUGAUGACAAAUCAGGAGGAUUAUCUUCCAGAGAUUGGAAAAUUCUUUGGGGAGAUUGACCCAGGCCUCAUGAGAAACCUCAUCAAUAUGUCCUUAUAUGCCUUCAACAAGUCAUAUGACUAUCAGUCUGUGUGUGACCCAGAAGAAGAGCCAAGGCCAGGAGCUGGACUUCGCUCUGUCCAUGUGCCUACAAUAGCAGACCUUUUACAUCUAGGGUGGUGGGCCUCUGCAGCUGCUUGGUCUAUCUUACAGCAGCUCUUUUUGGGACUCACUUUUCCACGUUUUCUCAGUGCAGUGGAAAUGGAAGAUGAAGACCUUAGUGCCAUCCCUUCAAAGCAGAGCUGCAUUACAGUGCAAACUCAGUAUUUCUUUGCAAAUGACGAAAAAUCAUUCAAUGGCAUCCUAGAUUGUAUAAACUGCUCCAGACUUUUCCAUGCAGAGAAAAUUUCCAAUACAAAUUUAGUAUUCAUAAUGAGUGACAGCAAAGAUAUGUGCCGUCAUUGCGAUGCAAGACCGUUGAUGCAAGCAGAGAAGCCCGAUGAAGGGCCUAACCCCUGUGAAAUGGUUCAGCAACCCCGAUACAGAAAAGGACCUGAGGUCUGCUUUGAUGAUGCUCCCAAUGAUCAGCCUAUAUGCACAACGAGUCGUGCCUCUGCCAUGACGUCCGCUCCUAUCUUCAUUUUUCUGCAAGUUUUCAUGUGGUGUGGAUGGAGGAUUCAAGAGACUGUGGUGGAGUCUCUGGCCUGACCCCAUCACUGUGGUCUAUGAUAGCAAUCCAGCUUAUCCUACUCUGGCUGUUAUCUGGCAGUAGAUAUUGCCAGUUAUGACCCUGUUAAAACCAAAAGCUGCGUAACAAGUCAAGCCUACCAUUUCAUCGGUAAAGAAGGGGGGUCAGUCUGCAACGAGUGCAGAUCUAGGGCAAGGCUUAUUACUUGAUAUCUUCAUUGGGACAGGCUGAAGACACCCACCGUGACUGCAUGUUGGCGUGUCAGAUUUGUAGACGUGUGUGAAUGCUGCAUCAUCUAGGCCAUUGGAACUGAAUUCUACAUGUGCUUUAUUCAGGAGCUGCAGGGGUUUUUUUGUGCUUUUGAAUACUUUUAUGUAAAAAGGGCUCCCCUUCAAAUGGUUAAAUUAUUUGUGUUCAUUUGAUCUUAGUUUUGAAUUUGUUGCACUCUUUAUUCUUUAAAACUAAUAUUUUGUAAGACUGGGGUGGGGAAAACCCUGUCACUUCCUUAGCGCUCUUGUUUUGGAUACUGAUUAUUUAGUGCUUGCAUUCAUCAUUUGUUAUGUUCAGAAUGCAAAACAGACUUCAGUUUCAUGACCAUCCAGUGGUCAUUUCAUAAUUAGCUAGCCCAGGGUUCCUCAAACUUUGAGUGCUGGUGGGCACAACUGGCCAUUUGAAAACAUGUCAUGGACAAACUUACAGUAAUAGCUGCUAUGGUAAGUGUGGCCAAUCACACUUGUUUUACAAGAGUUGAACUGGUGGGUUGAAAGACAGGUAAUUUGCCCGAAAACAUGACUAUUAGAUAUACAUGGGGUCUGGGAAUCAAAACUGGAAACGACUCCUGUAAACCCACAUCAAUAGGAUGAUCCCUAUAAUUCCCAUGAAUUAUUUUCCAAAACAUCCUCCCAAUUCACUAUAAGCACAAAAAAACAUGCGCCCCCGAAUUCAGGAAGAAGAAGAAAAACUCCAUACCUCACUUGCAACCCUUCCUAGCCCCUCAUAGCAUCCCUCAACAUAAUCAUAGCUAUUCCCUAUCACUCCCCCUAAGUUUGUCUGUGGCAAAGCCUCUUUUUCUUUCCCUCUAGAUGCUUGUAACUUUAAUAGGCAUGGGGACACAUGGCAAAGUUGAGUGCUAGUUCCAGCUGGCACUUCUGUGUAAUGUCUCUGGACCUUUGGUACACAGAGGCAUUCUGGGUAAAUGAAGAUGGCAGCUGCAGACAAGCAUUUAGCUUUUCGGUGCAUCCUGGGCACAAGGUGUGUGUUUUGUUUUUUUAAAAAAAAGCUUUAAAAAUUAUGGAGGUUUUAGAGUUUUGUGAGUACUGAGGGAAGUGUUUGACACCAGUCAAAUGUUUGUGUGUGCUGCACUAAGGACUUUAGGGCUGGCCAGGUACAGCAAUUCUCCAUAAAGAAAAAUGCCUUAUGAUGAAUGAUCUUUAUUUUUUUUCCUGAAAAAAUGAGUACAAUGGGUAAGCUUGAGGAAGUUUCUAAAAUAAAUGCAGAACUUUUCAAAGACAGAAAAAAAAAACCAGACAGCCCUGCAAGAUCUAAACAGAAAGUUUCCUGAAAGUUUUUCAUACCUUAAGGGAGGGAAAAAAAGUGAUUCUCAUCCCAAAGUUUGCAUCUGUUCUCGCUGCACAAUUCUUGCUGCCUAUAUCACAAUUCUUAUUCCCUCAGCACUGACGUAUCACUAGCCAAGUCCUCCAAAAUGUUCAGACACAAAGUUUGUGAAUAAAAAUGUCUUUGUGAAUAUUGAACGUUGGUUUCCAAGGGUAUUUUGCAUGAUGAUAAAGCUGCCGCUUUGCUGUCUCUUUCAGGUUUUUUUCUCUCUCUUUCAAUGGUAGAGUAUAGUUAAUUUAAAGGUAACUGAGUGAUUGUUCUGUUGUGUGAGAAGCCAAAUAUUGCAAUGUGAUGCAAUUUUAACCUUAAGUUAUGUAUUGUUAAACAGAUAUCUGAAUAUACUGUGCAAUGUAAAAGCUGAAAAGAGGUACGGUACAUUUAGUUGUCUGUGUAAACAGGAGGAUUUUAUACCAAUGAAAACACCUUAUAAUGUUAUAUACAGGUAUUUUAGGUAAAUGAAAUUAAAUUUCAGCUACUUCUUUUAGAAGAGAAUGUUUGCUCAGAUUUGUACUUUGUAGGGUUGGUGUUUGUUUUGUUUUUAAAAAAUUCAUUUCCACCCAGUAUCAUUGCUCCCUUUUUAGAAUCUGUAAAGCUUCCAACCGUUGUCCUUCACGGUAAAAGUGUUAGUGUACGAGAGGAGCUGGAUCUUACUGAAACGGUAGCACAACCUGAACCAAUGGGAGCCUUGAAUCUGUAUGUGUGUACAAAGAUGCUUGAUUGUGAAUAACAAAAACACUGUUUUUAUAUGAACCAGAUGAUCAAUCAGAGCAGGGAAGUAAAUUAAAAUGUUAGGGUAGAAUAUCAAACACAAAGCAGGAACCCUUUUGCCCACUGCCCAGUUUUUUCACAACUUAUCAGUAUUAUACGACAAGAUGAACCAACGACUGCAACUAUGCUGAUAUUAUACAGUUCUACUAUAAGCUGCAAUAUGCAAUUAUUAUUAUUUUUUAUAAAAUCUUUUUAAAAGCAAAAUCCUAAUAUCAUUAUGCUGGCAAGCGGCUGCGUCCAAAAUGGGGAAAGUGUUACAUUGGAGUGGUCAUUUUGGUUUUGUUUCUGUUUUUUUAAAAAAUCCAGUCAAACUUGAACAUGGAUUUAAAGUUUACGCUUUGAUUUUGGUCAUGCUAAAAACACUGAAUUAUUUUCUUCUGCUGCUGCUAAAUAAUAAAGGAGUGACUACUUUGGAUUGUUCAGUUCUUUCCAUAAGGCCCUAUGGAAUGCCAGUUGUUUCUUUUGGAAAAGCGAGUGCUUCUGCAUAUAUUCCCUGAGGGAAUACUAGCCAAUUUCAAAAUGGUGGAACAAAAAUAAGACAGGGACAUGUCUUUCUGGUGCUGCUGCAGCUAGCCCAGUCUUUGCCCAAUCAAAGUACUUUUCCUCAGAUAGCUUUCUCUUUAUGAAGAUGGCACUGGAGAGGCAGCAAAGUAUGUUGAGCAUGUAUUUAUUUGCAUCCUAAUUUCAACCAUGUAAAAGAAGUGCAGUGUUCCAGUAUUUUUUGCUGUGAAAGUGAGCAGAGUGGAACCUGUCUUGAAAGUGUUAGGGCAGGAAUAAGUUUGCAUUUUCUUAUGCUAAAUUAAGUUAACUUGAUUUACCUUUUCAGGAAUAGAUUGUGUUCUAGAGCUUGUACCUCUGCCAAGCAGCAGUAUUUGAAAUGGCAGUAUCUUAAGGAAUUGAGAUACUGAGGAAAGUCAUUUUUCCACCUAGUUGAACAUUCGAACAAUCAGGGCUGCCCAGGUCUGUAAGGGAACUGGAUUCGGGCAUAAAAAAAGACAAUUCUCAAUCCCCUUCAUUUUAACAAGAAAAAACAUGCUCCCUUGUGUAAUGCUAUAACAAACACUUCCUGCUGAUUUAUCUAAUUCUAGUCUCUUAAAAAUGAAUGCUUAAGUGAUACUUUAUAGCAUCCAUGACUCCCACACAUAAAAAUGUUCACAAAUGAAUGUUUAUAGUAGAUACCCAUAUGCUAAGUGGUAAAUUAUGCCCUUACUAUAAUCCUGGGUAAACCACUUUGUAUAUCAUUCUGCUAGGCUAUUUGUUUUCAUAUUCUAUCCUUAGUUCACUCCCUUUUUUCACCAGAUGUCAUUGGCAACCACUUUUUGAUCUCAUCCUAUUAUUUCUUUUAGAUCAUCCCUGUAAUAAUUUUUUUUGGUAGGUACUGCUUCUAAUUGCUUCCUGUUUGGUAUGGCUACAGUAACACUGAUAAAAUUGCCCAUUAAUUGUUCAAUUUUUGUCCCUGCAAGGGUGAGGGUUAAUUACUGGCUUCCUCUCUGUUUAUUGUUAUUUUUGAAUUACAAAAUUCUGUUAUUUUGCAAUUUAUAUAUAUAUUUUAAAAGGAAACAGUUUUUUAAAACCCUAGUAAUUAACUGUCUCCCAUAUGGAAAGCAGAAAUCACCUAAUCCAAGGUCAGUUAAUCACUAAUCACUAAUGCUAUGGCCUCACUGACAAACCAAGCAAUCAGAGGAAGGAGCUUCUAAUUAAUGUUUGGGGGUGGUAGAAAUUUGCUGGAUGGGAGCUUAAGUAUGAUAGGUGUUGCUAGAAAAUUAUAGUUCCAUAUUAAGUAUUGCAUCAAAUUCCCUCCCCAUGGGCUUGGCAAAAUGCAGUGUCUCAUCAGCACUAAACUACCUUACUGCUGUGGUGACCCAAACUUUUUAUCUUAGAGUCAACUAAUCGGUGAAGUGCUUGAAUUUAAUGUAUUUGUAUUCACCUAUAAACUGUCAAGCAGGAUGAGAGAAUCCUAGAGAAUAUGUCUGGGAAAGCUAAAGUAGGAAAGCUGUUGGCUACCCAUGCAAGAACCAGCUCCUUGUAAUCCAGAGAAGAGCUAACACUUGAUGAAUACUGAGGCAAAUAUUUUCUGGUUAAAGUAGAUGUUUCAAACUGUGAGAGGCAUAUCAACGAUCAAUUAAUUAAACCAGGGGGUGGGCUGCGUACAGUCCCUAGGCCUGAUCUGGCCUAGUGAGACCUUUCUUCAUGGAAAGCUUGUCACACACCAACUUACUCAAGGGCCUGUCAUUUCAUCAGAGAAGGAUGCAUGAGGAAACCCCUUCAGCUUUUUGGGUUAGGAUCUCUGUCCCCUGUCACUGGCUGUCAUGCUCCCCCCUUCUUUUUUAAUGAAUUCAAGUAGCUUAAGGUGAAUGAAAGAACACAAAGUACACACAUUGAAAUUUGGCCACACCUUUUUUUCAAACCAUUCAAAUCCUGGAUUCUUGUUCGUGGUUUGGAAAAUGCUUUUUUUUUGCUGAUCGUAUGCAAAUAGUAUCCAGUUGUUUAAUGUUUAAACAAAGCACUGUAGAUAUAUAGAUAUAUACAUAUAUACAUAUAUUGGGGGGGAUUUACCAUGACAUUGUAAAGGUCACCUUAUGAAUAGCAAAGUUACCUCUAAGAUUAAAGGUGAACUCUUUCAAAUUGUACAUUCUCUCUCUCUCUCUCUCUCUCUCUCUCUCUCUCUCACUUUCUCUCUGUAAUGUUCCCAUUUGACAGUAAUUGGCUUGAGGGGGUGCAUAUUAUAAUGUGUGUGUUUUUUUUUAUAAAGUUUUACAUUUAGCAUAUACCAUGUUGCUUUAAAACUUCUAGCUGUAUCAAGGGAAUAUCGGGAGGCUGUUUGAACUUUUUAAAUUUCUACAGUGACCAUGAAGCCCAGCUGUGCUAUCCAACAACCAAGUAAUUCUAGUUCCGUUUUUAAAAGAAAGAAAACAAUACAAUCUUUUCCCCUCCCCUCCCCCUGCCCUUCUAUUAGAACAACCAGCAUUACUGCCAGAACACGAUGUGUGGUCCAUCUUUGUACCAGGUUUUUAACAUGACAUAUAUCUCAUGAGUUUGACUGAGGAGAUUUUUAAGUCUUGUAUGAUCUCUUUACAUGUUUCUAAUGCUUGAGGCUUUAUUGCUUAUAUUUGACAAGAAAAACAGUGUUGCUGCCAUUUGUAAGUUUUCGCCAUUUGUAAGUUUUCGUAUACGGUUCCUUUGACUGAAUUUAAGCACUGGCCUUACUGCAUUUCAAAGAGGCGUAAUCCCUUUUUAAGUGACCUUUGCAACCCAAGUGUUACUUGCUGUUUUAAAUUUUCAGUAUCUAUUCAGAGGACAUGGAGAUGCUUUGUUCCCUUCUAUGUAGGACAUUUAUGCUCUGUUCAGAUGUUUCCAGCAGCCCAUUCAUAUGUUACUGACAUGAUCUUGGGCUCCACACGCUGAGGAAGGUACACUGCUGGUCCUAUUCCAGUAUUAUUCCCCCCUCAUGAGUCCCAUUCCCUGCAUCCACCUGUUUCAGGUGACCAUCUUCAGCAGAAAAAAAAA